AUUAAUACGUAAAAAAUGACAUUCAUUGAGAGAACACGCAUGCGUGGAAAAUCCCGCCAAAACGUAAGGGGGUCGGACAGUCGAAGUUUUGGGAUUUACCAUUCGCCAACGGAGGAAAGUAUAUUAAAGAGAAAGGAAAAAGAUUCUUAUGGAAAUGAAGUGUCAAGGCUAGCAAGACCUUUGCCGGUAGAAUAUUUAUUGGUAGAUAUACCUGCAUCUACGCCACUCACUCCACAGUCUACUUUUUACAUUAGUGAUAAUAUCACGCCGUUUUUAAUUGAAAAUAGACUCAUCGAUGGGCAAAUUCAAGAAUUUAGUUCACUUUGUUCUUACAUGCAACAAUUUAGUAAAGAACAAUUUCUAGAAGCAGUUUCAGAUUUUCAUUUGUUAAUUUUUAUUGCAACGAUGGAUAUGUUUCCAAUGAAGGAUCAUAUGUUGCCAUUAUUAGAAGCAAUUCGUACAAAAGAUAGAGAAAAAGCUGUAGAAUGGUCAUGCUCAGAACAAUGGGCAACAGUAGAGCAACUCAUAUCCGAAACUACAGCAUCUACGUCUCAACCAACGUUUGAUACUAGUUCAAGAAUUUCAUCUUCUGCACUUCCAGAAGGAAGUGGAAUAGCAGUUGGUACAGAUCCAAUUGUAAAUUCACCACCUGAUCAAAGACUAUGGACUUGCUCACAUUGCACUUUUCUCAAUGCAGCAGAUUUUGCAAUGUGUGAAAUGUGUGGUUUGCCAAGGAAUACGUAACAAACUGUUAUUAUAUUGCUUUUGUAUGCAAUUAAAGGUGCUGUCCUUAAAUUGCUAUUUUGCUCCCGCAGGUUCUUGCGGAUAAAAAAAUUGUUUUCAACGCAUACUUGGCUUUAUUUAUGAGUGAAUAAAAAAAGGAAAAAAAUAUCUUUUACUGAAACCUA